AUGGAAUUAGUAAUAAAGACACCCUAUAUAGAAAUAUUUGAAAAAAUAUUAAAGCUAUUUGCAUCCAUUUCUGAGAAUUUAAAUUUUCGAUUGACAAUAAAUAAACUAGAAUUGAGUGGAACAAAUAACAUAAGCAAUCAUUUAAUAAUAACUAUCGAUAAACAAUUUUUUAAAUUAAGCAAUGUAAAUUAUGAUGGGCAAAUGGUAGUAACCGGUACUGUUAAUUCAAAAGAUUUUUAUAAUUGUAUAUUUAGUAAUCAAAUAGUUAAGGCAGUAAAAAGUCAAGGAAGUUACACACAUAAUAUAAAAAAAUCUACCAGUAAUAACAGUGAAACUAUUUCGAGCAGUUAUAAAAAUGGACAAAAAAAUAAUUCCAGUAAUAGUAAUGAAAACACAAGUUUAAGUGUCUCUAAAUUAGUUUUAAAUUUUAAUAAAGAAAAUAAUAGUUUAGAAAUAGGAAUAAAGUUUAAAAAGUGUAACACAUAUUGUAGUGCAGUAAUAAAAAUACGGUCUUACAAUAGUUCAUUAAAAAGUUAUAUGUAUAAAAAUGAAUCCCUUAUACAAAUAGAGCCAACACUUUUUCUUCUUAACCUAAAAGAUUUAUCAAAUGAAAGAAAUAUAUUUUUAAAAAGUACCGAUAAUUCAUUUAUUAUAAGUGCAUUAGAAACAUCUGAUUUCAGUUUAAAUAAAGAGAAAGUUAAAAAAGAACAAUUUUUUUACAACAAUAAAAAAAUUAGUAUCCCAUUAAAUAAAACAAUAUACUUUUUUAAAAACAAAAAAUUUGAAGAACAUAGUAUGUCUUUACCACUUAAUGAAUUAAAAAACAUAAUUAAGUUUUGUUCUGAUUUAAAUUUAUUAUGUUUAUUUUCUACGAAAAAUUUUAAGGAAAAUGUUAUUAUAUAUUUUGGAGCUAUAAUUACAAAUAUCUUAAAAAGAAAUAAAAAAAAAAUACAUAACGCCAAGAAAGAAAGGAAUCAAAUAAGUAUACAUACAAGUACUUGUAAAAAAAAAGGCUCUUUAUGUAAUGAUAAAAAUUGUUACGAAACUGAAAACUUUGAAGAUACUUCUUAUGAACAAUUAUCAGAAAACUCAAAUAAGGAAGAAAUAGAAUCAUGUAUAUAUUAUAUAUCAGAUAAUAAUAAUUCAAGUGAUGAAUAUAAUUCUAGCUUUGAUGAAAUGGAAGAAGACACUAGUUUAUCAUCAGAGUAUGAAAUAAAAAAUCGUAUUUCUAAAUCUGAUACUAAUAUAACAUCAUAUUAUAGUAAUAAUAAUUAUGAUACCAAUUAUAAUGAUAUAAUAACAGGCUAUAUUCAUUUUACUUCUUUUUUUAAUAUAUCUUGUAAUUUUAAUGAAAAUACAUAUUAUAAAGAUUACUUCUCUCAAAGUAACAUUGUCGAUGUUUACUCUAAAGAAAAGCUAGCUGCAAAUGUAGUGAAUGAAGAAAAGAAAGUCAUAAAUAAUGAUCCUCACAAAGAGAAACAAAAAAAAGAAAGACCUGAAACUUCUUUUGAUAAUUUCAAACAUUCUAAUAAUUAUAAUGAAGGUAAAAUGGAAGACACUCAUAAUACCCCUAGUAAUGAGCAAAAAAAAGUACACGAGGAUAAGAAUGUAGACAAUAUAUCAAACGGUUUUCUACACAAAAAAAAUAGCACAUUAAAUAUAAAAAUAAAUAAAACUAAUGAUAAUACACCAAAUCAAAAUGAAGAAAAAAGUAAAAGUAACAAACCAAUCCAAUCAAAAAAUAAUAAUAAAAAUGAACUUAAUAUACCUUUUGAAAAUUCUAAAAAAAGCUUGAAAAAAAAAACUAUUUUUUAUAAAAAUAAUUUUAAAACAGAUGAAGAUGAGCAUAAUAUGAAGAAACAUGGAAAAGACAAUCCACUAAAUAUAAAUAAAGAUGAAAAUAUAAUUAAGGAAAAAUGUGAAAAAGAAAAUGAUAAUAUUAAACAAAUAACCGAACCUGAACAGUUUAAUUAUGAUAAAUUUAUGAGUAAAGACAAUAUUUCUAAGGUUUGUAUAAAUAUGGAUUUACAAAUAAAAAAACUUAAUAAAACAUUAAAAAAUAUAAAUAAAUGUAAAAAAAAAAACUCAUUAAUAAACAAAAAAUGGAAUGAUGAUAUAUUUUUUUCUCAUGAUUAUAAUAAUUUUAAAAUGAAAAGAAAAAGACCAGAUUAUUUUGAUCCAAAUUUAAACCACGUUAAUAAAAAUGUAGAGAAUAGACAAGUAAAUAAUAAUAGAUAUGCAAGUAGUAUAUGUAGUAGUGGUACCGAUAAAUAUAUUAGUAACAAAAAUAGAUCAACACAAAGUGAUACUUACUAUUCAUUUAGUGAUGAUAGCUUAGUCGAAAAAUCACAUAAUGAAAAUGUUGAUAAUAUAAAUUAUAUAAAAUACUUUGAUAAUGUAUAUACUAAAUAUGACUUAUGUAAUAAUUUUCAAAAAUUAAAAAAUAACAUAAAUGAUAAGUCCUAUAAAGAAUAUGAUCCUUAUAUGGAUAAUUAUCGUAAUUAUACAAAUAUUUCACCAUUAAAUUAUAAUAAAAAUACAAAAUAUCGACGAAUAAAUGCUGAUACUGAUGAUGAAGUAAUAAAAUGCAACACUCCACAUUAUGUCAAUUAUAAAAAUAAUCAUAAAAUAUUUUAUAACAAUAAUUAUAUGUAUAAGAAAACAUACUAG